AUGGGUGUAUCUUUAUCAACAUCGGAUAGCUCCUCGGAGUACUAUUCCACACCAAAUUCUCCUGAUCUUUCUUUCAAUAAUCAAUCUAAUGAAAAUUUCACUUCUCAAGAAAAACAUUCUGUGGCCUGUCAGACUGAUCUGUCUUUUCAGAAAGAUCUGUCGAUUGUGGAUCCAUAUUGGGAGGUGCUGGACCCCAAACCCGAUAUCCACGUCCUAUUUGAAGAGUUUAAUGCGAAAUUCUUUGGUGGACAGUUGCCACCAAUUGACCUUAAAUGGAGUAACAGGUUAAGCAGCACUGCCGGCCUUUGCAUAUAUAACACAAGAACUGGAAUAUGCAAACUUCGCCUGAACAAACCUCUCCUUGAGUUACGGGCAAGGAAAGAUACAGUGCAAAUCUAUCACGAUUUCAAUCAAGAAUACGAGUCACUGAAGCGCCACUGGUGGAAAUGCAAUGGCCCCUGUCAAGAAGUCGUGAAGCGGCUUACCGACAGGACUCCGGGCACCAAGGCGCACAAGCGCAAAUGCGGAGGAGACUUUAUAAAGAUCCAGGAACCAGAGAACAAGAGAAUGAGAACUGACCCAUAGAAUCACUUAACUGAAAACUGACAGGUUCUCUUUAAGAAAUAUUCUAGAGACUUUCUCCUUGGCUAAUAACAGUUUUGCCAGGAAAUAAGGCCAUGGUAUAAGAAUGCCCAGCACUGAGUUUAUGGAAAAUGAGAUGCUGCUAUCCAGAUAGGCAAUGUGGGGCACUAUUGCCAUGGACCGAACAGAAAUGGUGCCAAGAAAAUGCCAAUGAGCAGCCAUACGAUUAGUAUUGCCUACGUUAUAUAAGGCACGGGCACAGCGGCAGCAAGAGAAACAAACCGUACUGAACUGAACUGAAAUGGCUAGUAGAAGGGAUACAAGUUGAAUACUGGGACUGUUCCAAUGGAUACAUGGAAUCCCUGAUGCCCAAAGCUGCUCCAAGUGCAAAUGGGCAGGGACACUUCUAACUACUGAGGAACCUCACAAGAGUCAUUCAGACAAAAGAACUAUGUUUGGACCUACAGAAGGACUUUCUACAGAGACUUUCCUCUUGGAAACCUAGAGGAAGACACUUUCAUGUUCCCUUAAUGUAAAUAAUGAAUUACAUUCUAUGAAUUUUAU